AACAGACCCGGAAGCAGAUGGCGACUGACCCGGAAGCAGAUGGCGGCGGGCCUCCAGGAGCAGGAGGCUGGAAGCAGCAGUUGGCGGCGUGGCAGCAGCGUGACGCUGCCUCAGCGCGGUGUCUGAGCCGUUUCCUGAGAGCAGAGUGAGGCGGGGCACCGGCAGCCCGAGGUACGAUGAAGACCGUGUUCAUGGUGGCCGAGAAGCCGUCCUUGGCCCAGUCCAUCGCCAGGAUCCUCUCUCGAGGCAGCAUGUCCUCGCGCAAAGGGCUGAACGGGACGUGCUCGGUGUACGAGUACCCCGGGACCUUUGCGGGCCAGCCCGUCCGCUUCAAGAUGACGUCUGUCUGCGGCCACGUGAUGACCCUGGACUUCCUGGGAAAAUACAACAAAUGGGACAAGGUGGACCCCGCUGAGCUGUUCAGCCAGGCCCCGACGGAGAAGAAGGAGGCCAACCCCAAGCUGAACAUGGUGAAGUUCCUGCAGGUGGAGGGCAGGGGCUCUGACUGCAUCGUGCUGUGGCUGGACUGCGACAAGGAGGGCGAGAAUAUCUGCUUUGAGGUGCUGGACGCGGUGCUGCCCGUCAUGAACCAGGCCCACGGUGGCGAGCAGACGGUGUUCCGGGCCCGCUUCAGCUCCAUCACGGACACGGACAUCUGCGCUGCCAUGGCCCGCCUGGGCGAGCCCGACCACAACGAGGCGCUCUCGGUGGACGCGCGGCAGGAGCUGGACCUCCGCAUCGGCUGCGCCUUCACGAGGUUCCAGACUAAGUACUUCCAGGGGAAAUACGGCAACCUGGAUAGCUCGCUCAUCUCCUUCGGGCCGUGCCAGACCCCCACGCUGGGGUUCUGUGUGGAGCGGCAUGACAAGAUCCAGUCCUUCAAACCGGAGACCUACUGGGUGCUGCAGGCCAAGGUGGACGUCGAUAAGGACCGCUCCCUCCUUCUGGAUUGGGACCGGGUGCGCGUGUUCGACCGGGAGAUCGCACAGAUGUUCCUGAACAUGACCAAGCUCGAGAAGGAGGCCCAGGUGGAGGCCACGAGCAGGAAGGAGAAGGCCAAGCAGCGGCCACUGGCCCUGAACACCGUGGAGAUGCUGCGUGUGGCCAGCUCUGCCCUGGGAAUGGGCCCGCAGCACGCCAUGCAGACCGCCGAGCGGCUCUACACGCAGGGCUAUAUCAGCUACCCGCGCACCGAGACCACCCACUACCCCGAGAGCUUCGACCUGAAGGGGCCUCUGCGGCAGCAGGCCAACCACCCCUACUGGGCUGACACGGUGAAGCAGCUCUUAGCAGCAGGCAUCAACCGCCCACGGAAAGGCCACGACGCUGGUGACCAUCCCCCCAUCACCCCCAUGAAGGCUGCCACGGAGGCCGAGUUAGGGGGCGAGGCCUGGCGCCUCUACGAGUACAUCACCAGGCACUUCAUCGCCACCGUCAGCCAUGACUGCAAGUACCUGCAGAGCAGCGUCUCCUUCCGGGUUGGGCCCGAGCGCUUCACCUGCACGGGCAAGACCGUCAUCUCCCCAGGCUUCACGGAGAUCAUGCCCUGGCAGAGCGUGCCCCUGGAGGAGAGCCUGCCCACCUGCCAGAAGGGCGACACCCUGGCCGUGGCCGAGGUCAAGCUGCUGGAGAAGCAGACCAGCCCGCCGGACUACCUGACGGAGGCCGAGCUCAUCACCCUCAUGGAGAAGCACGGCAUCGGGACGGACGCCAGCAUCCCUGUCCACAUCAACAACAUCUGCCAGCGCAACUACGUGGUCGUGGAGAGCGGGCGCCGGCUCAAGCCCACCAAUCUCGGCAUCGUCCUGGUGCACGGCUACUACAAGAUCGACGCCGAGCUGGUGCUGCCCACCAUCCGCAGCGCCGUGGAGAAGCAGCUGAACCUGAUCGCCCAGGGCAGAGCCGACUUCCGCCAGGUCCUGGGCCACACCCUGGACGUCUUCAAGAGGAAGUUCCACUACUUCGUGGACUCCAUCGCGGGCAUGGAUGAGCUGAUGGAGGUGUCCUUCUCGCCCCUGGCGGCCACGGGCAAGCCCCUCUCCCGCUGUGGGAAGUGCCACCGCUUCAUGAAGUACAUCCAGGCCAAGCCGAGCCGCCUGCACUGCUCGCACUGCGACGAGACCUACACGCUGCCCCAGAACGGCACCAUCAAGCUCUACAAGGAGCUGCGGUGCCCGCUGGACGACUUCGAGCUGGUCCUGUGGUCGUCGGGCUCGAGGGGCAAGAGCUACCCGCUGUGCCCCUACUGCUCCAACCACCCGCCCUUCCGGGACAUGAAGAAGGGCACAGGCUGCAACGAGUGCACGCACCCCAGCUGCCAGCACUCACUCAGCAUGCUGGGCAUCGGCCAAUGCGUGGAGUGUGAGAGCGGCGUGCUGGUGCUCGACCCCACCUCCGGCCCCAAGUGGCGCGUGGCCUGCAACAGGUGCAACGUGGUGGCCCACUGCUUCGAGAACGCCCACCGCGUGCGCGUGUCCGCCGAGACGUGCGCCUCCUGUGAGGCCGCCCUGCUGGACGUGGACUUCAACAAGGCCAAGUCCCCGCUGCCAGGCGACGGCACGCAGCAUACAGGCUGCGUCUUCUGCGACCCAGUCUUCCAGGAGCUGGUGGAGCUGAAGCACGCAGCUUCCUGCCACCCCAUGCACCGCGGGCCCGGGCGGAGGCAGGGCCGGGGCCGGGGCCGGGGCCGGAGGCCAGCGGGGAAGCCGGGCCCCCGGCGGCCCAAGGACAAGAUGUCAGCCCUGGCAGCCUAUUUCGUGUGACGGCCGGCAGGCCACGGGGAUCAUUAAAUGCGGUGUCUUCUGCAGAGCCAGUGGCUCCCCAGCCUUCCUGCCGUCGGAGGGCUGUGCCCAUCCCCUUGCCUCUCCCUCGUCCUGCACACGCCCCCCCGAGUGCCCGCCCUGCCCAAGUCCUGCAGGGGGGCCACUGCACAGAACCAGGAGCAGGCCCGGCGCAGGGCGCCCGCUGUGUCCCAGCGUGAGCCGUGGCGCCCCACCACCCGAGGCUGGGGGGACUCCUCCCUGGGUGUGGGCCCCCACUCCACCCACUGCCCACCGGGUGGGUCUGUGUGGGGGGGGCCUGCAUGUGACCCUGGCCCCCCAGGCCUGUUCCCCUUCCCGUUCUCAAACGUGUCCCCUCAGACAGAGGUGGGCAGCAGCAGAUGGCAGGGUCAGGGGGAGCCACACCACCUGCAGGCCACAGGUCACCUGCCCGCUUCCCAUGAGGGCGCCCACCUCAGCCCACCACAUGCCCACCUUGGGACGUCACCCCGUGCCAGGCCUCCACCUGACGGGCCCCAUGAAACGCCUCCCCAAGCCUGCACGCGGGGCAGGUUGGAACUGCUGCCCGGGUCGUAGGUUCACCCGAGAGGCUGGAACUCGGGCUGGGCGGGCCGGGUGAUGUGGGAGGCUCCUUUCCCAAGGGUAGAGCCAGGGCUAGAGCUGAGGCAGGCAGAAACAGGGCGGGAGGAGCUGACACCAGCCACAGGGCUGGUCAGCUCCUGGGCGUGGGGUUGGCCCUGUGCCUGCUGGAAGAGGCAUGCUCCCGGCCAGGCGGCAUGCCUCGCUGCCCCGCCACCUCCCGGCGCUGGCCUCGGGGGGCAUCAGUGCUGAGGAGUCUCGUGUGGCCGCCCGGGAGGCCCAUGGGAUGUCGGCUGUCACAGGAUCCCCUCCCCCACCCAGCAGUCCUCAGACUUCAGUUCACACUUGUUCUGGGUGGACUUUGAGAAACACUGAGGCAGGGUCUCACAGCAGCCCUUGGAGGGUAGGUUGGCAGCUCUUGGUUUCCUUCUGAUAUGGAAACUGGAUAUGGGGCAGCUAAGGAACAUGUAGAAGGUCACAGGUCAUAAGCACUUAACCACAGGCCUUGCUGGGGUCACCAUGCUGACUUGCGGGUGGGGUUGGGUUACAGAAUCUAGGAAGGCCUGAGGAGAAGGGAGCCCACCCUGCCUUCUCUGCCCAGAUGCCCACUGCCUUUUAUAUCCACCCCCUUCCCAGUCUGUCCUUCCAAAUCAGCCGACUGUUAGUUCUCCAGACUCCUGUUAGUGAAUCUUAGUUCCUGGGCCAGACACGGCCGUGUGCCCACCUGGAGGUCAGGUGGGCAGGGCCCCAGUGGGGCUUUUGAGGGCUCUUCCAAAAAAGUUUAUAUUAUGCUUUACAACUGCAUUGAUAUAAAGAUGAACAUAUUAUAUAUUAAAACAUUUUCUUUGACCUAAA